UGGCAGGGAAGAGGAAAUCCUUGCAGCUGUCAGCCAGCACAGCUGUAUGCCCAUUUCGCUACUCUCCACACUCUGUUUCUGGACUUCAGCGAUCCCUUCAGCACUGAGGUGAAGCCGAGAAUCCUGCUCAUGGGCCUGAGGAGAAGUGGCAAGUCGUCUAUUCAGAAAGUUGUCUUUCACAAAAUGUCUCCCAACGAAACCCUGUUCUUGGAGAGCACUAACAAGAUAUGCCGGGAAGAUGUUUCCAACAGCUCCUUUGUGAAUUUUCAGAUUUGGGACUUCCCAGGGCAGAUUGACUUUUUUGACCCUACAUUUGACUACGAGAUGAUCUUCAGGGGAACAGGAGCACUGAUAUUUGUCAUUGACUCCCAGGAUGAUUACAUGGAAGCCCUGGCCAGGCUCCACCUCACGGUGACCAGGGCCUACAAAGUGAACACCGACAUCAACUUUGAAGUGUUUAUUCAUAAAGUGGAUGGGCUGUCAGAUGACCACAAAAUUGAAACCCAAAGAGAUAUUCACCAGAGGGCAAAUGAUGACCUUGCAGAUGCUGGAUUAGAAAAAAUUCACCUCAGCUUUUAUCUGACAAGCAUCUAUGAUCAUUCAAUAUUUGAAGCAUUUAGCAAAGUAGUCCAGAAACUGAUUCCACAGCUCCCAACCCUGGAGAAUUUGCUAAACAUCUUUAUUUCAAAUUCUGGGAUUGAAAAGGCAUUUCUAUUUGAUGUAGUCAGUAAAAUUUAUAUUGCAACUGAUAGUACCCCAGUGGAUAUGCAAACCUAUGAGCUGUGCUGUGAUAUGAUAGACGUGGUUAUCGACAUCUCUUGUAUUUAUGGCCUCAAAGAAGAUGGAGCUGGAACCCCCUAUGACAAGGAAUCAACAGCCAUUAUAAAGCUGAAUAAUACAACAGUUCUUUAUUUAAAAGAAGUGACAAAGUUCCUGGCUCUUGUUUGCUUUGUCAGAGAGGAGAGCUUUGAAAGAAAAGGACUCAUUGACUAUAAUUUUCAUUGCUUCCGGAAGGCCAUCCACGAAGUCUUUGAGGUGAGGAUGAAAGUGGUGAAAUCUCGAAAGGUUCAGAAUCGGCUGCAGAAGAAAAAAGGAGCCACCCCCAAUGGGACCCCUAGAGUGCUGCUGUAGGUGAGGUUUCAGGAACAUCUUUUGAAAUCAGACCUUUUUGGUGAGGCUGCUGCAGCGGGUUGCGCUAAAAGAAGGGGACGAAGGAGACUGGGACACGUGACAUAGAUCGCUUGUUUAAAAAAAAAAAAAAAGAUUCCUGCAACCCACUUCAUCUUCUCUUUUUUAAAUAAAGUACCUGUAAGCACUUUGAAGCAAAAGCUUGUAUAUUAAUAAUGAAGUGAAAUCCACUGUAAUUUUGUUACACAAAUGAAAACUUUUUUGGUCUGUAGUAAGAAAAAUCACGUAUGAGAACUGCCAGGAACUGUAUAUAUUUUGCACUUUUUCAUGUUUUUUUCUCAGUGAACUGAACUUUGAUAAACUACUUUUCUAAGCUUUUUUCUGUACUUGGUAUAAAGGACGUGCAUACUGGAGUCCAUAUACAUAUGGCAAUCAGAAAUUAAUUGAAAAGUGAUGCAUUGGCAACAACUUUUUUUUUAUAAAUUUGGGAAUAUUUCCUACCAAUUAUUGAGAAAAAUCAUUUUUUCAGUAGAGCUGGAUCAGAUUGGGGCAGCAGGCUCCAGUAGCAAUAAGAACUGUCCUCUGUUAUAAUGGGUGUAAACAGGAGUUUUGUAGAAUAGUAUUAGCACCAAACUUAUAUACACAUUUCUAUAGUUGUGGCAGUGUUCCCCUACUCAAUUUUUAUGAAGCUCUUUACCUCAACACACAUCUCUAUAGUCACUUUACACAGAGAGGUUAGUUCUUUGUGCUGUACUACUGUUCUUUAGAACCUUUGGGACCAGAUUUCCAACAUGGUGCCGACCACUGGAGAGAAAUAAGCGUUUUGCUGAAAUGCAGGGGUUCUGGAGGCUUUUCUUUUACCUGUCACCUGGAACUGAAUUAACAUCAGAGGUCAUAAAGUUUCACAAAUGUAGGUGAUUGGCAAGUGUAGACUAAACAAAAUAUAUAUACAUAGUGUAUGUAUAUACAUUUCUGAAUUUCUGGCCCUUGUGAAAUGGGCCUCCUGUUAUACAUUUAAAAUGUUUAGGGCCAGUUUGUUACUGCUUCUUGACCACAGUGAACGGAGCCGGUCUCAGAUCUCCACUGCGUAACGGAAUCCUGCUGGGCACAUUUGUCACCUCUGAGUCUCCUUUUCGUCUUUGCAACAGUGUGUCUUGUGGACUCUGCCCAUUCCCACCUUAUGAUUGAACCAGAGCUCAGCUGGCCACCAGCUCGCUCUAUAAGGCUGGAGAGCCAUUCUGAAAAUUCCUGAUUGUCAGUGUGGAAAGGAUGGCCAAUGGAGGCAUUACAAUUAGCUGUGUAUUUGUUUCUAUGAAAUUCUUUCACUUAUGUUUACUUUAGACUAUCAGGAAAUUAAGAGACUCCUAAAUCUUUCCCCACCUCAAACCAUUCCAAGUAGAUGAUUCUCUGUCCAUCCCAAGGGUCAGUGCUCUAAGGCAUGCUUAUGGGGCAUUAGAAAGUUUUUGUUUUUAAGCAGAGCCUCCUUGGGUCAUCAAAGCUGGUCCUAGCAUAGGGUAUGAAGUCCCUGAAGCAACUUGCCCUGAGACUCUCCCACCUCUCAUAUCUGUGGCCUCUUUCCAUCUUCUCUUCUCCCUCUCUUCAAGUCCUAUUCCUUCCAAGCUGGUAACUGAAGUUUAAGAUGGUAACCGAUUGGGGUUUAAGGUUUGAGCCUCUCAAGGGUCUGUGCAUUUUUGGGAGGAAUUUCCAAAAAUCAGUAAGGCACCCUAACUCCCUUCCUCAUAAUUCCUACUGACGAACCUGGGUACAUAGGAACCCAGGGCUCCAGGGAGGUCCUUCCCUAACUUCCAGAGCUAUACCCUGUUGGACCCUUGCCAACAGGCCUGACACAUAGGGGUUAUUCUUAUAAAUCUAAUUCUCUAAUAUUUUUUAUAGAAUAUUUGUCUUUGAAUAAGAAAACCAAGUAAAGAAUCAGUUUUCUAAUGAGAAUUUAACCUCAAGAUAGAGACACUUGCCUAUCUGAUAAACCACACGUUACUUAGGUAUAUAGAUUAUUGUAACCAGGUGGAGCUUCCAUUUUUAAGCUGGGUAUAUGAUAGAUUUUCAUUAAAAUGUGCCUUAAAAGCCUAUUACUUCAAGAGCAAAUGAUUCUUUGGGGGAAAGGCAAAAAUAAUCCUAUGGCUUGAGGCCCAAGUUUAUGGUAGUAAGUGCACUCAUUGAUUAAUCGUGCUGAUACAGAUUACUGUCUCAAAUCUGUAAGUGUGGCAAUGACCUCUUAAUUAAAGGGUGAUGUAAGAGUUACGGCUAAGUACAGUAUUCAGUUUUUCCAAUCUGUGCUAUUGGGAUUCCAAAAUCUCCUCAAGUCCUUUUGCAUUUAAUUUUUGAUAUGGGAGUUAGCUUAUUUUAGUGUGUAUGACCACAGUUAGGUUUCCAAUCUACUACUAUAAAUACAAAGCUCAAAUACAUGGCUAUAGUGACUACACUGGAACUCAUUCUCAGAGGUUGAGAACUUGACCUGCACCUUUGUAGAGCAGGACAACCUUUUGCCUUUUGAGCCAAUUGGAACUUCUAUGUAGAGGUGAAAUUCUGUUCGUGAAUUAUCAUCUCUGGUUAUUUUCAGUGAUACAGAUUGAUAUGUAUAACUGGGGUGGAGUGUUUCUGCAAAAACACUGGUUGACAUUCACGGAAAAUAUUAUUUUGCAAACAUAUUUCGGGCCCUUAUAUAUAAAACAACUAAAAUCACAGCAAUACACGGCAAUGUUGUUAUAUACAGGUUAUAUACUAACUAACUGUUUGAAACAUACUACAGAAGAACAGCUGAACUGUCUUGAUUAUUAAAGUAUAGGAUGCAUCCAACUUGUAUGGACUGGAUAUGAUUUGUGAUCAAGUAGAGUAUUUUGUUUUACUUUAAGCAGUAUAUCAUUUAUAAGCAUUUUUAAACCUUUGCUUUAAAAAAUGUUAAAUGCCAAUUUAAAAGAAUGUCUCACACGUUCAUGAUUUGGUAAGGCUUUCGUUUUAUUUCAAGUAUAGUCAGGUAAAGCUUUCUGGGAGCAGAAUGGUCUUUUCGGUGAAAAGGAAGUAUGACCUUUCAUAUUUGUGAGGUCAGUUACCGUGUACGUACAUCACUGCUUCGUUGGGCUGUUGGGGCCAUUAGGUAAAGUUUGUUUGCCCAGACUAACCAGCUCUCAUUUCAUGAAAAUGAGGAUAAAUCUAUCUGUUUAAAUUGAGUUUGCACUUCUGUUAUUUUAAAAUCCUUUCAUCUCUCCAUAUUUUUGAUGAAGACAUGCCUUUUAGGACUAUAGAAGAAUUAACUGUUAUUUCAGUAAACUUCAGAUAUCUUUUCUGCACUGAUCGUAAUCCCUAGCCAUCUGGAAAUUCUUUUCCUAAGAGUCCACUUAUCAUUCCUUACUAUGCUUCGUAAGAUUCUAUUCUAUAAUGACUUUAUAUAAUUAUGUAGAACCCCUGAGAGUUCUCAAAGGAGCCCUGGUGGUGCAGCGGUUAAGCGCUCGACUGCUAACUGAAAGGUCGGCAGUUUGAACUCACCAGUUGCUCCAUGGGAGAAAGAUAUAGCAGUCUUUUGUCCGUAAAGAUUUACAGACUUGGAAACCUUAUGGGGCAGUUCUGCUCUGUCCUGUAGGGUUGCUAUGGGUCGACAGUGGCUCUGGUUUUGGUUUGGUAAGAAUUCUCAGAGAGGACUAGCAUCAGAUGUUAUAUCUUAGAUAUGAAAUCCUGUUUCUGAUUGGAAAACCUGAUCUGAAAUAAUUAUUCCAAGAUGUUUAAUCAGUAGUGAUGUUGAGUUUAGGAGAAAGCAAAUGUUGUCUUUAACAGAAUUUUUAAAUAAUUAUAGAAAAUAUUGAGUGCAUACAGUAUGCCAGGCACUGCUCUCAAGUGCUGUAACAUAGCUAAUCCUCAUAAACCCGAGAGGUAGGUACUGUUAUGCUUAUUUUACAGAUGAGACACCUGCGGCCAAAGAGAUGCCAUAACUUGACCGAAAUCGUAGAGCUGUAAGGGGCAAGGCUUAGAGUCAGACUCCAGAGUGCAUAUUCUCAACCACAUUAUUUUAAGAGGCCUCACCAAAUGUCUGCUUAAAUGCCCUCCUUUCGCAAAUGUGAUGAGACUUCGAGUUUAGAAUUUACUGCUGCAUGGGCUUAGUAAGGUUUAAAUGCUGGAUAUUUAAAAAUAAAUACCUGUUCCUAUAUGCGCUCCCUUGCAUGUUUGUGGAACCAAUAGGAGCAGCCGUCUAAAUGUAUUUCACUCAGAGAAGAAAGUCAACAAAGAUUAUGCUUUUUUUCUUCCUAAUCCAUUAAGUAACUCUAAUGCCAAGCGUAAUAGAGACAGAGGGUGUUUAAAUAUCAGAGGAAAAAUUUAAAUACCUUUUACAGCCGUUUGGUGUUUAAAGAGUUGAUAAUGUAUCAGGUGCUGAGAAAAUCAUCUUAACUGCUUUCAUUCUUUUUCCGUGAGUUUUUAAUAUGUAUAACAAUAAUUCAUGGAUAACAAAACAUUAAUUUGGAUUAAGAUUCAAAAAAGCACUUCAAUCCUAAUCCUUUCCAGAGCUUCAGACCUAUAUUUAAAUUUACCACUAGUUUGCUUUUGCUGGGAUCUUCUACAAGAAGAUUCUCAAAUCUAACAUGUUCAGAGUUGAACUUGGCUUCCUUCUUGCUAAUCUAAAUCUUUUCCUCCUUCUAUGAUGGCAUGACUAUCCUUCCUAGUAUCCCUGCCAGAAACUUGGGCCUCAUUCUUGACUCUUUCCUCUUGCUUACCUCCUACAAUCGCCCAUUUUUUACAGUUUAGUCUUACAAAGAGGAGUCCUGGUGGUGCAGUGGUUAAGCACUCAGCUGCUAACUGAAAGGUCGAUGGUUCAAACCCACCAGCCGUUCUG